AUGGAUGAAUGUGUGAUUGAAGAGGGAGAGGAGAGUGAUUUAGAGGUGAUGAGGAGAAUUGGGGGUGUGGUUUGGGUGGGGGUGGUAGAAGAGGGGUUGGUGAAGGGGGGGGAUGUAGUAGGGUUGGUGGUGUGUAUGGUUUGGUUUUUUUGUGGUGAGGGGGGUGGUGGGGGGGGGGGGGGGGGGGGUGGGUGUGGGGUGGUGGGGUUUGGGGGGGUGUUUUUUGGUAUUGAGUUGUGUGGUUUGGUGAGUGUGGGUUGGGUGGUGGUGGUUGAAUGUAUUGUGGGUUGGUGUUAUUGGGGUUUGGUGUUGUGUGUGGGGGGGUGGUUGGAUGGAUGGGGGGGGUUUUGGUGUAAUGUUUAUGAUGGUGAUUGGAGGGGGAAUUUUUGGGUUUUUGUGGUGUGUGGGUUGGAGGGGUUUGGGGUUGGGAUUUGUGGGUGUUGUGUUUUUUGGGGUGGGGUAGUGGGGUAUGUUUUGGAUGGGGGGAAUUGGGAAAUGAUGGUUGGAGGGGGUUGUUGGAGGUUGAGGGGGGUUGUUUUGUUUGUGGUUGGGGGGUGGUUAUGUGAGGAGGUUUUUGUGUUGGGGUGUUGGGUGGUGUGGUGUGAGGGGGGGUGUGGGGGGUUGUGGUGUUUUUUGUGGUGUGGGGGUUUUUGGGGUGGGUGGGGGGGUUGUGGUGUUUUUUGGUUUUGGGGGGUUAGGUGUGUGUUGGGGUGUGUUUGUGUAGUGGUGUUUGAUGGUGUUGUGUUGGUGUUGGGGGUGGUGGUGUGGGUGUGUGGGUUUGGUUUGGGUGUUAUUUGUUGGGGAUUGUGUUUGUUUGGUUGUUGGUGGGGGUGGGUGGGUGUGGUGGUUGGGUGGUGUGUGGGGGUGGUUUUGUUGGUUGUGGGGGGGGUGGUGUGGGGGUGGUGGGGGGUUUUUUUGUAUGUUUGGUUGGGUUUAUUUUGUGUUUGUGUUGUGUGGUUUUGUGUGUGUUGGGGGGUGUGUUGGGGUGGGUUUGUUGGGUUUUGUGUGGGUUGUAUGGUUGUGGGGGGGUUGGUGGGGUUGGUGGGUGGGAUUUGGGGGGGGUUGGGGUUUUGUGUUGGUUUGGUGGUGGGUUGUUGGGUGGUUGGUGUGAUUUUGUGGGGUUGUGGGUGUUGGGUUUUUGGGUGUGGGGGUUGUGGGGGUGUGUUGGUUGGGGGUGUAGGGGGUGGUGGGGGUUGGGUAAGUAUUGUGUUGUUGUUUUAUGUUGUGGGUUGUGUAUUGGUUUGGGUUGGUGUUGGGGUGUUGGGUGGGUGGUGUGGUUGUGGUUUGGGUGUGGGGUGGUGUGGUGGUGGUUGUUGGGGGGGGGGUGUGGGGGGUGGGGGGGUUGUUUGGGUUUUUGUGGUGGGUGGUGUGUGUUUUGUGAUAUUGGUUUUUUUGGGUUUUUGGUUGGGUGGUGGGGUGGGGGUUGGGUGGGUGUGGGGGGGAGGGUGGGUGUUGUGGGGUGAGUGGGGUUGUUUUGUGGUUUUGUGUGUUAUUUGUUGUGUUUUGUGGGUUGGUUGUGAGGUUUGGGUAUUUUAUUGGUUGGUUGAGUGGGGGGGUAUUGGAGUUGGAUGUGAGUGGUGUGGGUGGGGUGUGUGGGGUUUUUUGUUGUGUUUGGUGUGUGUGUUUGUUGUGUUGUUUGGUUGUGGAGAUGUGGGUUGGGUGGUUUUGAUGGUUGGGUGGAUUUUGAUGUUGGAUGAGAGUUUGGUUUUGUGGGUUUGGGUGGUUUUUAUAUUUUGGGGGUUGGUUGUAGUGGUUGAUGUUUGUAGUGUGGUGUUAUGGUGGGGGGUGGUGGGUGGGGGGUUGGGGUAG